AUGAAAAGAAAGAACGUAGACGCCUCCAGCACUAACAAAAAACAAGCUACACUCGAUGGCUUUGUUACCUCCAAUCAACAAAAUAGCCAAGGAGGAACACAACAGGACCAACAAAAUAGCCAAGAUCAGCAAUCAAGCCAACUCAGUCCAUCCAACGGCCAAAACCUAACACCUAAAUACUCUGCUAAGCAGUUGGAUGAUGAAACUGAUUGGAUAGCAUCUUUAUUCAAUUUUAACAAAGAAGGAUUUGAAAAGGUUUCUUCCAACAUUGUGUAUCCUAAAAUUACCGAAACUCCUACCACUCCUAAAACCAUUCUGAGAAAUGUAACUUGCACUGAGGUCAGCCUUGAACUUCUAAUUUCAAACAUGAUUCCAAACCACUUUUGGCAAAUACUAUUGGACAUAUUAAACACUAACUUGACCAGAGAGAGUACAACUGGAAAAGCAUCUUCACACUCAAAGUAUUACAAUGAUAUUGAUAUCUCUCAGCUUUUCUCUUUUUUGGGAACUGUAAUUAGCUUAGAAAACAACCAUUCAAAGUUGAAUGCCAAUGCCAAAACCAAUUUACAACAGCUUCGUGCAGAAAAGUUGGAUAGCAUGAUUCCUGGUUAUAGAAGAUACUUUUCUUUGAUGAAAUGUUUUGCUCCUUCUGACCAACAAUUUGAAUUGAUUUCAACAGCAUUAAACGAUAUCACUUUAAAUGCUGUUACAAUUGGUUCCAAUUUUGUUGUGGACGAAACAGUGUAUGCAUAUCAGAUUUCCUCAAUCGUUAAAGCAGAGGCUGAACUCUUGCAAUGUCCAAUUCCAGUAGUGUACAUUCCAAGAAAACCAUAUCCAAAUGGACUUAUGUCUUAUAAGUUGUGUGUACUAUUUCCUGGGUGUAGGAAACCUUAUGUUUUAGCCAUCCUUCCUCAAUACAAAGUUCCUAUGGAUUCCCCUCAGGAAGCAAUGUUAAAAUUGUUGAAAAUGGUUCGUGAAUGUACUGAUCAAAACUUGCAUAUUACUGGUGAUGCUGCAUUUGGUUCAUUCACUAUCUUUGAUGAGCUAAUCAAAUUGAAUGUUGUUGGCACUUUCUCUAUUUCAGGUACUGAAAAGUCAUGGAUCUGGGAUUUGUUGAAGAGAACACUCACUCAUGGUAAUUGGAAGGCUGCUGAAUUUAUUUCAAAAUCUGUGAUCGCUUCUAUGCAAAGAAAUCCUCAAUACCAAUCAGACAGAGACAAGAAAUAUCACCAUCUUGUUUCGAAUGCAUUUGAUUUUGAACACUGCCAACCAUUUCAGCAAACUCUUGCAAAUAUUCUACCUCCUUUUUGCAGAAAAAUACGGUGGAAAAAUUGAAAGAAAUUGGAAAGAAGGAACAUAUCAAAUUAAGUAAGCUCACUAAGGAUGAAAUCAUCCAGAAGAUUCAAUUUAUUUGCAACUCCACAAAUGUAAAAUCACUUCAACUACAUGCUUUGCAUUCGUUUGAUCAGAAUCAAUUUAACGCUACCUCUGCUAUCCAUCAUGACCAUUAUAGACGUACUUUUAAUCUUGUCGACAUUCAAGAUAAGUACCAUUAUAAGGCUAGAUAUGCCUAUAUCAUCACUGAGUGGAGAACCAAAUUGAUGAUCAGUUUAUUGAAUGAUCUAUUUUAUAACUUGUUCGCUAUUAUGAAUGAAACUGUUCGAAUCAAAUAUUCAGACUUUAGAAAACUGCUGGCCGAAACCUUUCUCUCUAUGGGAAAGAAACUUGGCGCCAAAAAAUAACUCUCCUUCCAAUAAACUUCCAUUUUAAUUUAAUUUC